AUGUCGUCGUCGCUAUCGCCGUCGCAAUCGCCUCCUCCGUCAUCCUCGCCAUCACCAUCAACUUCCCCAGCGUCAUCAAUGCCCGAUCGGACUUCAACGUCGUCGUCAGCGCCUUCAAACCUGCUGCCACCACCUUUUUUGGCGCCCUUGUCGCCGCCUUCAGAGGUUACCUCACAGCAGCCUCAGCAGCCGCCGUCGGGGUCCAGGCAUCAGAAUGCUGGUCUGAUUUUGGGUGCAGUCAGCUGCGUCGUAGCCCUCGUCUUCCUCAUCGCAUGGAGCUUGUGGAUCUUCUGGCGACGGCAUCAGAAGCGUACCCAGUUGCAGGUCGACGCCCAAGCGCAGCGCAGUCGCCGUCAUCGUCGCCGUAGUCGAGCGCUUGAAACUGUCUUGUUUCAUCGGUCUUCCAGUAGUCAGCACCAGCAGCAGCACCAGCGGCAGCAGCAACAGAAAGGAGCUGCUCACCACAGGCAUCGUCACCAGCAGCAGCAGCAGCAGCAACAGCAGCCUACGCUCCUGCCACAAGCAACAACGUUGUAUCCGUUGCCCUCAUGCGCAAGGCCUUUGAGCCAUCACGGAAGCACCAACGGUUGCCCAUGCCAUGGACGGGGGGGAAGCGUAACUGUCGCCAUUGGCCCCGGCAGUAUCGGUCCAAGCCACGAAGGGUACCAAUCGCCUGAUGCCUCGUGUCCAUACCACCUCUCGCCCACGUCCCCUCCCCGUUGUCCGCUUUCCCCGGAUGCUGCCACGCCUCCGUCGCCAAAGGGUAGUGCCAGCAGAGCUUCGCUGGGAACAACUUCGGGAACGUCGAGGAUGUCAUAUGGCAGCCACUGGUCAGAGUAUCAUCAACAGGCUCAGCAACAACUCCUUUUCCAUCAACAGCAGCAGCAGCAGCAGCAGCACCAACAGCACCAACAGCACCAACAGCACCAACAGCACCAACAGCAGCAUCACUAUCAGUUGCCGCAGCCCCAGCAGCACGGUACCACAAUAACACCUCCUGCUUCGACAAAGCACGCUGAAGCACAACAAUGGCUGGCCGAGGUCACCACCGUCGAGACUCGCAGGCAAUGGCGCCCAGACACAGCGCCAGAGCGAUCAAUGACACCUGCACAGUGGCGCACGGAGCACGCCUCGCCACCGACUCCGCCUGCUGGAAUCAUCCAGCCGCGUGCGCCAUCCUCAGCUUCACCACGAGCGAGCCAGUCAUUGCCGUCCAUACCCAGACUGAGCACCCAGGAAGAAAAGCAGGAGGAGAGGGAAGACAGCAAAAAGCAGCAGCAACAUCGUCUUCCCAGCAAGGCUGCUUCAUCAUCGCGACUUCGUGAUCAGGACCGCAUUGCAAGGACUUCGACGCUGAUGAAACCUACCAGCGAAGCCGUCGAUAUCUCAACCGUCACCUUUGGCACGGUCCAGGAGAGCGAGAUGUGGCUCGCCGGCUCGAGUUCAUCUUGUGGCGACUGUGCCAGCCAGCUCUCUGAAGUCGAGGAGGAGGACGAAGAGCAUCAAACACCUGUUCGUCCCCGGCCUCUGGACGAAGGGGAUGCCUGGCCUCCUUUCAACGGGGCGAUGGAGUAUAAAGCGCCGCCACCCAGGCCUCCUGUGGAAGCAGAGCAGGACCAAUAUCAGCACCAGCAACACAGAGAGCACCAACAAGAGCAAACGCACCAGCAAGAGCGUGAGCACCAGGACGUGCAGGGCUGCUACGAUAAGUAUGGGCAUGGAGGAGCGAUGAAUGGUGGGGCGGCAGCCAUACAGCCAGGCUCGAACUCUUCUUCUCGACAGUCCCUCAGGAUGUCUUGCCACCCCUCUGGAGCUUCAGCUGCGCCCUUUGUCCAGCAGCAGCAAGUUCGGAGCCCUACACUCCCUGGCUACAUUGACUCUUGCCAAGGCUGCUACCCCCCUCCAGUCGCGUAUCAACAAUCUUCCUUCUCAUCAAACACCGACGCUGGUCAUCGUGAACUGCAAGAAUACCAUGAGGAAUGCCAUCAAAGAAGCGCUGUCGAGAGGCACCAAGAGCAUGGCUUCUACUCCAUCGCAUCCUCAUCAAAUGGAAGCAUCACAAGCCAGCUCGUUCCAUUUCAGGGUCAGGGUCAAAACGCAGCCGACCACCAAGCAUCACUGCAUCGGCCUAUCUAUCCCCAGCAACAGCUGUACAAUCUCCAGGACGUAGCAGCCUCGUCUAACAGCACAUCUUCGUUCAUUACGCCUGUCGCCCGACCUUCAGUCUCGAACCCUGAGCUUUUCUUGAGCGGUAAUGUUGAGCUUGGUGCCAGCAUCAGCACCGGUAGUCAGUCCGGGCCUGGCUCCAUUCCUGGUCCUCGUCCCGGCUCUGGCUCUGGCCCUGGCUCUGGCCCUGGAUCUAGCUCGCCUCGCACAAGAAAACUUUUGCGCAAAUAUCGAAGGAGAAGCAAGACAACGCACAGCGAAGAAAUGGGAGCAGGAAGAGCAUCGGUCGAGAGGGCGUCUUUUGUCGUCGAGACAAGGCACAAUACCUCGCCAUUCAGUGCGCGGACAACUGGCCUGGGCAACAGCAUUGGAUCGCCCAGUCGUCCAGGACCUGAUGGCACCAUCGGUCGGGGGAAUCCCGGCUUUAUCGUCGAGUCUCGACUGAGGGGUUCGAGGCCGACGACGUCUUCAACCGUUGGAUCAAACGCUCCGUCAUUCUAUUCGCACUCACAGGCUUAA